UGACAAAAAGAAGGAUUGAAAGUUUAAUAACUUCUACUUUAGACUUUAAUUUCAACUAAAUUAUAAUCAGUCUUUUAUCCAUAUUAUCUUAGUUAUAAUCGUAAGGAUUUAUUAGAAUAAAUAAACAGUUUCAACAAUAUUUAAUAUGUGAUUUAAUAAACAAAAUAACAUGUAGGAUUUUUAGGAUUUAAAGAGAUUGGAGACAAUAGUUAAUGAAUAUGAAAAGAAUACGAAGCAGAUGAUGAAAAAUGAUUAGAGCAAAUUAGUGGCAACACAGAGCUAAGCGAGAUGAAAAUAUCAAUCAAUAAAGAAUAAAAGAAGAAUGAGCAGGGUUAAGUUAUUACAAAAGCCAAAACUAAGACAAAUCAAACGACAGAACGUGAAAACAAAUGUAAACAAGACAAGAGGAGAUAAUGAAGAUAAAAUGCAUUGAAAAACUGAAUGCUAGAUUAGGAAGUAAGAGACAAAAAUAGAUUAAAAUGCAAAAACUCUGCGCCUUGUCGCGGAUAACGAUACCUAGUGGUACAGAAUUACACUGUAACUUAAUAAUGAAUGGGGUUUUUAAUCCACAUUUUCGAAAUUUUUACACAAAUAAAAAAGGAAAACCAAAGAAAAAACAAAUGUAACAUGAACACUGUUGACUUCAGUUUAUAUACUAAAAAUUUAUGCAUUUUUAUGCUAAAUGAUAGCUGUGUACACAGCAAGUUGAUUGAAUAUUCUAACAUAGCCUAAACAGGUAGGCAUCGAGUCUUGAAACUCUACGAUAACCCGUUGAAUCGUGAAUCACGCUUACUCUUCUCUUUUAAGUUACUAGUAAAUCUUUAGUGCUAUAAAUAUACAACAUCCAUUAAAGGUCUAUCUUAUUCAAACUCCAGAACUCUCUGAUCAAUACAUACAAUGGGGUCUGAAAAUGGCAGCGUCACGAAUACAAACGACGACGAGAACGUGGCCUUGAUCUUCGGCGUCACGGGGCUCGUGGGCCGAGAGAUUGUGAAGACGCUAACCAUGUCGAACAAACCCAAGUGGAGAAUCUACGGCGUUGCACGAAAUCCCGAGAUCAGUUCCAUGACGAAGAUGUACAGUUUCAUCUCCUGCGAUCUGCGUAACGCAUCUGAGACCAAACAGAAACUGUCUCCAUUACAAGACAUCGUGAGUCACGUGUUUUGGGUCACGUGGUCAGGCGAGUAUCCACUGGACAGCGACGAGUGCUGCGUCCAGAACAGAACGAUGCUGGCAAACUCCUUGGACGCGAUUCUCCCAAACGCCAAGAGGUUAAAGCAUUUCUCGCUCCAAACGGGGAUGAAGCAUUACGUGUCUCUCGUCGGAGAGACUCUGUCUCGUGGAGAAGGUUCUAGUGUGUGUUAUUACAGCGAGGAGUGUCCGAGGAAGAGCUCUGGGAAGAAUUUCUAUUACGUUUUGGAGGAUCUUCUGAAGGAGAAGAUCUCUGGAGAUUCAGCUGUUUGGUCGGUUCAAAGACCCGGUUUGCUAAUGGGAAGCUCUACGAGGACUCUGUACAACUUCAUGGGAAGUCUUUGUGUUUAUGGAGCCAUGUGUAAGUAUUUGAAUCUUCCUUUUGUGUUUGGAGGGACAAGAGAAUGCUGGGAGGAGUGUUACAUUGAUGGGUCUGAUUCGAAUUUAGUCGCGGAACAGCAUAUAUUCGCUGCCACUAGUGGGAGAGUACGUGAUAAAGGUGAGGCCUUUAACGCCAUAAAUGGGGUAGGGUUCACGUGGAAAGAGAUUUGGCCUGAAAUCGGGAGGAAACUUGGGGUGCAAGUCAACGAAAUGACAAUGUUUGAUGAGGGUUUCUGGUUUGAGAGAGAGAUGGGUGAGAGAAAGCAUGUGUGGGAUGAGAUUCUGGUGAAGGAUGAGCUUGUCCGGACAAGGAUGGAGGAUUUGGCCAAUUGGGUUUUCAUGGAUGUGCUAUUUAGAUGUCCUUUCAAGCUGCUUGGAAGGAGAGAUAAAGUAGAUAAGUUUGGGUUUAAGAGGAAAUAUAGAACCCUGGAUUCGAUUUUGUAUUGGAUUGAUGUAAUGAGAGAAGAAAAGCUCAUUCCUUACUAAGACAAAGUGGUUUGUUUGGUGCUUUAGGAACAUUUGGUUUCCAAAAAAUUAGAUUUGAUUAGCAGUGUAAAUCAUGGUAUGUAUUUGAUCGUUAAUCUUCCUUAAGUGUUGUCUGUAUUAGCAACAUAUGUAUUAUAUAUGUAAUGUGUGAGUUUUUAAAUGAAUUUUCCACAAACCCUUCCGAGCACUAAAUCACUUAACCAAAAAUCAUUACUGGCUGGAAUUUGUUGAAAUGUGAAAGCAUUCACAUAUAAAAAAAGAGGGAAGUAGUGGAAGACCAUACUUCAAA